AUGCAGGCUGCCAUGCGAAAUGUACAGCUCGCUGCUUUGGCAUCGGCCUUCACAGCCACGGCUUCUUUGUCAGUGCCGCUGCACGCAACGUUUUGGGGGGGCCCCAGGCUGCUCGUGGAUGUCACGCCCGAAGCUUCGACCGGCAAAGAGGUGGCUUCCCAGAGACUUUUGCUGGACACCGGAUCUUCCACGCUGGCAUUCUGUGAGCAAGGACUUCUCCAGCAAACGAUUUACGAGAUGACGGACUAUGUGUCCUGCAAUGCCUACAACCCUGGUGGCAACUACACAGGGUAUUGGGGGCCUUUCGUCGUCGGCGAUCUCACCGCUGGCAACCUAUCCAUGCGCAACUCCACCUACAGCGUCAUGGCAAACCAGGUCGGUAUGCCCUGCAGUGAUGGCGUUGAAGGGAUCUUCGGCAUUGCUUUCCAGCAGCUUGAUGCUGGCGUGCCUGUCGAGUCUUUCUCGAACUGGAACGACACAGCAUCGUGCCCCAUCAAGAACGAGACGUUUUUGCCGCCACCGCUGCUGCAUCAGCUCCGGGAGAUGCUGGGCAUCUACUGGUCCGGAGUCGUCGGUGAGGAGCAGGCGAGGCUCUACAUCGAUGAGGAUGCCGUAAACGAGCACUACGACGCCGAAUCCGUUGUGGGCCCUGUUGCCUUUGGAGAGUUCGGCUGGUUUGAUGUCAACAUUCAGCGGAUCUCCGUGGGUGAUGCGGAGUUUGUCGGCUUCAACUGCACUGGGAGGGCGAUUGGCCAGUGCACCAUGGACACCGGAACCCCGACUCUGUUCUUGCCGCAAGCUGCGCCUCAGCUCUGCCUACUUGCAGGGAUGCGAUAG